CAUCUCACAGCGGCGUCAAAAAAUUCUGAAUUUUGUCAUUUUUUUAACGAAAAAACAUCAAACGACCGAAAAUAAGUGAAUUUUUAGUUAAAUUUAGUUAAUUUUCAUGACAAAAUUCGAUUCAAACUUCUCACUCCGAAAGUUUUCGUAAAAAGAUGCCGCGACAAACUGGAAAUUCUUCACGAAACGCAAACUUGAGCGAGAAUCCUCUUGGCGAAUCGUCCCUGCACUCCUCGUCGUACGAAGAACCCGAUACCGAGGCAAACGAAACCCGAAACACUCCUCGCCCAAAAACAAAUCCGGGCCCGCAAUUCCGCAAUCGUUCGUCGCACAGCGUUCAAGACAUGGAAUUAACCCGAGGAGCAGUGAAUACUCGUGCCAGCAGCGGUCCAAAUCGUUCAGAUGACAGAACUCGCGGCGUUCGCAAACCCGUCCCGCAGCGUCGAAAAUUAAUGCCGGGCAUGAAAGCUUUGAAGGAGAUUCGGAAAUAUCAGAAUAACACGCGGUUGUUAAUUCCAAAAUUGCCAUUUUCUCGCGUCGUUCGCGAAACUUUGCAGCAAUACGGGCCCGCAGAUGUUCGUGUGACGGCUCAAGCAUUGUCAGCGUUGCAAGAAGCGGCCGAAAUUUACAUCACGCAAUUUUUCGAGGAUUCGCUUCGACUUGCGCUUCAUGCGAAACGCGUGACUUUGAUGCCGAGAGAUAUGGAUCUCGUGCGUUUUUUGAGAGGUCAGUGGGAUCGAUUGUGAGAUGUGAAAAAUUCUGUAAAAUUGAUGUCGAUUAAUAGUUGUAGAGAGAGAGAGAGAGAGAUUUUUUCAAAAUACUCAAAUAUUGAGAUUUUUUAAGUACUAAUAGAGUUAAUUCGUAAAUUUAAUUGAUCAAAAAAAAGCAAAUGCUUAAAAAAAUAAUUUCAAAGAUAUUGAUAGAGGCGAGGAAAAAAAUUAAAAAUUAAAUUGAAUAUGAUUCCGCCAAAAAAAAGUACAAAACAUGAUUAAAAUAUAUAUUUUCUGUGAGAUUUAAAAAAAUAAAAUAUUUAUAUUAAAAUACGUAAAAAAUUAUUUUUUAAAUUAUUUAAUUCAUUUUUUAAAAGAAUUAUUUUUAGAUUAAUUUUUUAUUU